UGGGAGGACUUGGAGCAUUUUUUGCUUUCGCGAACAAAAUGCAGGUUUUCUCUCUCUUCCACCGGUAACUUCCUCCAUUGUAUUGUUCUUCUUCAGUUUUUGAGGUUCCAUUUUGAUUUCUUCGCCCUUCUCGGCGAAAAGUUGUCUCUGAAUCAGGUUCGGGUAGCAAUUGCGAGGAUGGAGUUUUGAAUUGUUUGAUUGACGAAACUGGAAAUUUGGACUUGAUUUAGUCUCUUCCCUUUGCGUUUGAGCGUAAAUUGUGGUUUAGUCUGAUUCCGGGUCAGUUGAAAUGAGUGUGGUGGGGUUUGAUAUUGGAAAUGAGAACUGUGUUAUAGCCGUGGUGAAGCAACGGGGUGUUGAUGUUUUAUUGAAUGAUGAAUCAAAGCGUGAAACCCCGGCAGUGGUCUGUUUUGGGGAGAAGCAACGGUUUCUGGGGUCUGCUGGUGCUGCUACUGCGAUGAUGAACCUGAAAUCCACAAUAUCUCAGGUGAAGAGACUGAUUGGCAGGAAAUUUGCAGAAGCGGUUGUGCAAAAUGAGCUAAAAAUGCUCCCUGUUGAGACUUCCGAGGGUCCGGAUGGGGGCAUUUUGAUUCACUUGAAGUACCUGGGUGAGAGCCAUACAUUUACCCCAGUUCAGAUUAUGGCAAUGCUCUUUGCUCAUUUGAAAGAGAUAGGGGAGAAAAGUUUGGAAAUGCCCAUUUCAGAUUGUGUAAUUGGGGUCCCGUCAUACUUUACAGACUUGCAGAGACGUGCAUAUUUGAAUGCUGCGACGAUUGCUGGGUUGAAGCCUUUGAGAUUGAUGCAUGACUGUACUGCAACUGCACUUAGUUAUGGGAUUUACAAAACAGAUUUCCCUAGUUCUGGUCCAACUUAUGUCGCAUUUGUUGACAUUGGUCAUUGUGAUACCCAGGUCUCUAUUGCAUCAUUUGAGGGUGGACAUAUGAAGAUAUUAUCACAUACUUUUGACAGCAGCUUGGGAGGGAGAGACUUCGAUGAGGUUUUGUUUAGUCAUUUUGCUGCACAAUUCAAGGAGCAGUACAGUAUUGAUGUGUACUCUAAUGUCAAGGCAUGUAUCAGGCUGCGAGCAGCAUGUGAGAAGCUGAAGAAAGUUUUGAGUGCAAAUCCAGAGGCACCUCUGAAUAUUGAAUGUUUGAUGGAGGAGAAAGAUGUUAAGGGCUUCAUCAAGAGGGAAGAAUUUGAGAAGCUGGCUUCUGGAUUAUUGGAGAGGAUUAGCAUUCCUUGUAACAAAGCCUUGGCUGAUGCAGGGUUGGCUUUAGUGAAGAUCUAUUCUGUUGAGCUUGUUGGGUCAGGGUCUAGGAUUCCAGCUAUUGCUAGAUUGCUAGCUUCUCUAUUCAGGAGAGAACCCAGCCGGAAACUGAAUGCAAGUGAGUGUGUGGCACGCGGAUGUGCUCUUCAGUGUGCAAUGCUUAGUCCAGUUUUUCGGGUCAAAGAAUAUGAGGUUCAAGAUGUAAUUCCUUUCUCCAUAGGAUUCUCAUCAGAAGAAGGCCCAAUUUGCACAGGGUCAAAUGGCAUAUUGUUUCCUAGAGGCCAACCCAUUCCUAGUGUUAAAGUUCUGUCAUUACAGCGAAGCAGUUCACUCCAUUUGGAAGCAUUCUAUGCUAAUUUAGAUGAGUUGCCUGCUGGCGAUUCGCCAAAAAUUAGUCGUUUCAUGAUUGGCCCUUUCCAGAGCUCCCAUGGUGAAAAGGCAAGGGUUAAAGUUAAAGUUCAAUUAAACCUCCAUGGCAUUGUCAGUGUUCAAUCAGCUGUGUUGAUAGAAGAUCAUGUAGAUGAUUCAGUCACAAGGGGCAAUACCCAUUCGAAUGUGGACAAAAUGGAUGCUGAAUGUUCUUCUUCUGGUCCUUCUGAUAUGUUUGCAAAUGGUGUUGAAGAUAGUACCUGUACACAGUCAAAAUCUUCACAUGCUUCUGCUGAUGGAAUGAGAAAAGAUAGAGUGACUACGAGGCUUGAGAUACCGGUUAGUGAAAAUAUAUAUGGUGGAAUGACCAGGGCUGAACUCUCUGAAGCCCAACAAAAAGAAAUUCAGCUGGCCCAACAGGACAGAACUAUGGAACAAACCAAAGACAAGAAGAAUGCCUUAGAGUCUUAUGUGUAUGAGAUGCGGAAUAAGCUGUUCAACACAUAUCGGAGCUUUGCAAGUGAUCAGGAAAGGGAUGGCAUCUCUAGGAGCCUACAGCAGACAGAGGAGUGGCUCUAUGAGGAUGGGGAUGACGAAACUGAACAUGCUUACACUUCAAAAUUAGAGGAUCUUGAGAAGUUGGUGGAUCCAAUUGAGAAUCGUUAUAAAGAUGAAGAAGCAAGGGCACAAGCUGCAAGAGAUCUGCUAAAGUCAAUUGUGGAUUAUAGGAUGUCUGUGGAUUCGCUCCCACCCAAGGAGCAAGAAAUGAUCCUUAGUGAGUGCAAUAAAGCAGAACAGUGGCUAAGAGAGAAAUCCCAACAACAAGAUGCUAUGCCUAGGAACACCGACCCAGUAUUGUGGUCAAGUGAUAUCAAGAGCAGGAAAGAGGAUUUGGACAUGACAUUCAAGCAUAUACUGAGAUCAAAGGCUUCUCCUCCACAUCCAGAGGACUCGAGGCCAGACCAGCACAACACUUCCAGUCACACAUGAAGAGUCUGAUGUGUGAUGCCCCCCCCCCCCCCCC